AUGCCCAGAACUAUUCCUACAACCACCUUAGGAACUCUUCCCACGCCCACUUUAAGGUCUCUUCCUAUUCUUGUCCUACUUUAUCUCUUCUUUCUUUCUUUCUUUCUUUCUUUCUUUUACUUUCUUAGUUUCUUUCUUUCUUACCCUACUCAUCUACUCACUUCUUUCCAUCUCUUCUUUCUUCAUUCCUUUUUCUUUUCUUUAUUUUUCUUUCUUUCUUUAUUUACUCUCCUGUCUUUCAUUUCUUUCUUUCUCUUUCUUUACAUUUUUUCCAUUUUUUUUCUUUUUUUUUUGCCUACUUUUCUUCAUUAUUUCUUGUCUUUCCUUUUCUUUCUCGUCUUUCUUUCAUUCUUUCUUAGCCUACUCUGUCUUUUCUUUCUUUCUCUCUUAGUUUAUAUUCAACUCUCCUCUUUCUUUCUUUCCUUCUUUUUUUCAUUCUUAAUCUAUUCUCUCUUCUUACUUUAUUUCUUUCUUAGUCUUUACUCUUCUUUCUUUCUUUCUUUCUUUCUUUCUUUCUUUCUUUCUUUCUUUCUUUCUUUCUAUCCUCUCUUUUUUUCCCGCCUUUUUUUUCCUUACCAUUUUAAUCCCCAUCGACAUUACUUACAAAUUCACCCACCAGUCAACAGAUUUGCGGUGAACAACACCAAUUGUCUAAAUAAAUUUAUCUCUGUUCAUUAUCUAUCUAUCUAUCUAUCUAUCUAUCUAUCUAUCUAUCUAUCUAUCUAUCUAUGUUUCAGUUUAUUACUCUUUCUCUCUCUUACAUUUCUAUCUAUCUAUCUAUCUAUCUAUCUAUCUAUCAGUUUAUUACUCUUUCUCUCUCUUACAUUUCUAUCUAUCUAUCUAUCUAUCUAUCUAUCAGUUUAUUACUCUUUCUCUCUCUUACAUUUCUAUCUAUCUAUCUAUCUAUCUAUCUAUCUAUCUAUCUAUCUAUCAGUUUAUUACUCUUUCUCUCUCUUACAUUUCUAUCUAUCUAUCUAUCUAUCUAUCUAUCUAUCAGUUUAUUACUCUUUCUCUCUCUUACAUUUCUAUCUAUCUAUCUAUCUAUCUAUCUAUCUAUCUAUCUAUCUAUCUAUCAGUUUAUUACUCUUUCUCUCUCUUACAUUUCUAUCUAUCUAUCUAUCUAUCUAUCUAUCUAUCUAUCUAUCAGUUUAUUACUCUUUCUCUCUCUUACAUUUCUAUCUAUCUAUCUAUCUAUCUAUCAGUUUAUUACUCUUUUCUCUCUCUUACAUUUCUAUCUAUCUAUCUAUCUAUCUAUCUAUCUAUCUAUCUAUCAGUUUAUUACUCUUUCUCUCUCUUACAUUUUUCUAUCUAUCUAUCUAUCUAUCUAUCUAUCUAUCUAUCUAUCAGUUUAUUACUCUUUCUCUCUCUUACAUUUCUAUCUAUCUAUCUAUCUAUCUAUCUAUCUAUCUAUCUAUCAGUUUAUUACUCUUUCUCUCUCUUACAUUUCUAUCUAUCUAUCUAUCUAUCUAUCUAUCUAUCUAUCUAUCUAUCAGUUUAUUACUCUUUCUCUCUCUUACAUUUCUAUCUAUCUAUCUAUCUAUCUAUCUAUCUAUCAGUUUAUUACUCUUUCUCUCUCUUACAUAUCUAUCUAUCUAUCUAUCUCUCAGUUUAUUACUCUUUCUCUCUCUUACAUUUCUAUCUAUCUAUCUAUCUAUCUAUCUAUCUAUCAGUUUAUUACUCUUUCUCUCUCUUACAUUUCUAUCUAUCUAUCUAUCAGUUUAUUACUCUUUCUCUCUCUUACAUUUCUAUCUAUCUAUCUAUCUAUCUAUCUAUCUAUCUAUCUAUCAGUUUAUUACUCUUUCUCUCUCUUACAUUUCUAUCUAUCUAUCUAUCUAUCUAUCUAUCAGUUUAUUACUCUUUCUCUCUCUUACAUUUCUAUCUAUCUAUCUAUCUAUCUAUCUAUCUAUCUAUCAGUUUAUUACUCUUUCUCUCUCUUACAUUUCUAUCUAUCUAUCUAUCUAUCUAUCAGUUUAUUACUCUUUCUCUCUCUUACAUUUCUAUCUAUCUAUCUAUCUAUCUAUCUAUCUAUCUAUCAGUUUAUUACUCUUUUCUCUCUUACAUUUCUAUCUAUCUAUCUAUCUAUCUAUCUAUCUAUCUAUCUAUCAGUUUAUUACUCUUUUCUCUCUUACAUUUCUAUCUAUCUAUCUAUCUAUCUAUCUAUCAGUUUAUUACUCUUUCUCUCUCUUACAUUUCUAUCUAUAUCUAUCUAUCUAUCUAUCUAUCUAUCUAUCUAUCAGUUUAUUACUCUUUCUCUCUCUUACAUUUCUAUCUAUCUAUCUAUCUAUCUAUCUAUCUAUCUAUCUAUCAGUUUAUUACUCUUUCUCUCUCUUACAUUUCUAUCUAUCUAUCUAUCUAUCUAUCUAUAUCUAUCUAUCUAUCUAUCAGUUUAUUACUCUUUCUCUCUCUUACAUUUCUAUCUAUCUAUCUAUCUAUCUAUCUAUCAGUUUAUUACUCUUUCUCUCUCUUAAAUUUCUAUCUAUCUAUCUAUCUAUCUAUCUAUCUAUCUAUCAGUUUAUUACUCUUUCUCUCUCUUACAUUUCUAUCUAUCUAUCUAUCUAUCUAUCUAUCUAUCUAUCUAUCUAUCAGUUUAUUACGCUUUCUCUCUCUCACAUUAUUUUCUAUCUCUGUCUGUUUCAGCUUUUUACUCUUUCACUCCCUAACAUUUCUUUCUUUCUGUUUCACAAAAUUGUUAUAAAAUUCAAUGAAAUGGAUUCUCACUGGCUGGGUGUCCAUUACCGAGACACCGAAGACACGAUCUAUCUAUCUAUCUAUCUAUCUAUCUAUCUUACUAUCUAUCUAUCUAUACAAUUCUGCGUAACUAUCUAUCUAUCUAUCUAUCUAUUUAUCUAUCUAUCUCUACGCCUAUAUUUUUGUUCUGUUCUUAUCUAUCUAUUUGUCUAUCUAUCUCUACAAUUCUGCGUAUCUAUCUAUCUAUCUAUCUAUCUAUCUAUCUAUCUAUCUAUCUAUCUCAGUCUGUCCAUAUCUAUCUAUCUAUCUAUCUAUCUAUCUAUCUAUCUAUCUAUCUAUCUUAGUGAUGACUACGUAGCUGCUACCCCCUUCCCGCGUCUUGUCACAAAGGUUGAGUGCAAAAUCCGCGCUAAAUUCGAAUCCAUCCACAGAUGCUCGCAUCCAAGCAGUCGCAUGCUCCUAGUUUGA